GGUCAGAUGAUUACUUCCGGUUUAUAUUUCGCAGCAUUCCAGCGGGUUUCGGCGAAUAACCGCUACCGCAGUCGACACGGAAAAGAUGGUGGUUGAUGAAGCAGGUGACAGAGACGAAUCUGCCAAUGUCGCCAUCAUCAGAGAGGUGUACGACACAGAAAAUGCGCAUGAAACCUUUGAAUACGAGCUAGAGAGAGCGCUUGAAGCCGAAUGUACUCUAAUUGUUAUUGAGCCCUCGAAACUCGGUGAUGAAACCUCUCGAUGGAUAGCAGUGGGAAAUUGCUUGCACAAAACUGCUGCUUUAUCCGGAUUAGCAGCAAUUUUCACAGGACUUACAUGGGGCGAGCAUCCGUACAUUUAUGGAUUAUUUUGCACAACCUCCGUAAUAACUUGCGGGCUUUACACUGUAUCUUGGCAGCUUGAUCCCUGUUGUCAGUAUCAAGUGGAAACAGACACGAGUAAACUGCCACACGUUGAACUGUUGGCCGUUUUAGGUCCAUCCUCGCCAACUUUUCUUGUGCGUAAGGAUGAUUCUCGAAGGCGCAUUCUCCACACAACGAUUACCCUCACGGCACUCAGUAUCAGUGUCUGGAGACUUUAUCAAGCCUUCAAGUGAACAUUAUUAAAAAACAAUGGGAAAAGGCAAGAAAAAAAGGCGAAACUGAAAAGAGGAAGGAAAAGUAAUUGAUUAUUUAAGAAUUGAUUGUAUAUUCGUGCCACGAACCUAUGAACGAAACGUGAUGCAAAUGACAAACAACACAAUAAUUCCCUUAUCAUUUCUCCUGUCAUCAGGAAUCGAUUGAAAAUUCCGAGACAAAAAAUGUUCCCCUCCACUCGUUUCGAAUUUUGAAAAAUACAAUUUCUCGUUUUCUUUUCGUUUUUUUUCCUUUUCAAGCCCUCGGACGAUGAUCCUUCGGCUAAAUUCGGCGUCAAAAUUUCGCAUACAUCGUAACGGGAGGGAAGGCUCAGAUUUUUUAUUUACAUGGUUAGCGCUUAUAGGAUUUUUUAAAAAUACUUCUUGAACCUAUGUUUCGAAUUAACAAGAUCAAUUGCAUUUCGAAAGAAGAAUAAGCAAUGUAACUAGUGAACAAUUGACCGGUUCUUAGCAGUAUGUAUUUUCUAGGCUGUAAAUAAAAUAAAUAGAAUAGACAGAUAGAAAAGAUGAUGGAAAGAAAUUGCGCUACGAGCUGUGAACAAUUUGUCUCUCCCCAACUCUACGCAUAAUCAGAGCUUAAACAAGCAUCAGAGAAAAGAGGAAAAAAUGCUUGGUCCAUAGUGACGUGAUCUCAGGCGCAGAAAACAAAUUUUUAAAACACGCUUACACACAAACUUAUGGAAACAAAUGUACACUAUCGAGAUUAAACGUGAAACAAUACAAUAACGUUGGUGAGAGUUUUCUUGAAAUUAACAGAAACAACUGAAAAAGAACAUAAGAGAUGAAGAGAAGGGAAAGAGGUGAUUAAAUUUUAUCAGAAAUUGUAUUUUUCCUAAUUCUUAAUAAUAUACAGAAUUAGAUAAAAAAAUAAAAAACAUGUUAAUGAGGUGAACGAGGAAAUGAAAUUGUGCAAAUUGAGAAAGGAGAGAAUUCAUUGUGAACGAUUAGUCACUAUGUUUUUUAACAUUAUAGAAAGACAUGUCUUUUUUUCUUAUUCAUUCUCGCGGAUCAGAGACCAAAUAAACUCCCGUUAAAUGUU